AUGUCUUUCUUUGUUUUUCUCCUACCUACCCUCCCCUUUCAACAGAUAACAACGUACCUGGGAAAGCGUGACUUCAUCGAUCACAUGACACAUAUUGACAGUAUCGAUGGAGUUGUUUUGGUGGAUACAGAAUAUGUGAAGAAUCGGAAGGUGUUUGUUCACGUCUUGGCAGCGUUCCGUUAUGGAAGAGAAGAUCUGGAUGUGUUGGGACUCACGUUCCGAAAAGAUCUGUACCUGGCCUCCAUGCAGGUGUACCCGCCUGUUCCUGAGGAGCAGAAACCCUUGACACGAUUGCAAGAAAGACUGAUUAAGAAGCUAGGGGGCAGUGCGUACCCCUUUCUCUUUCAGUUGCCUGAGAAUUCCCCGGCAUCUGUCACACUACAGCCUGCACCUGAUGAUCGGGAGGGUAAACCAUGCGGGGUGGACUACGAACUAAGAACCUACGUGGCAGAUGCCAUUGAUGAGAAACCCCAUAAGAGGAACUCGGUCAAUCUGGCCAUCCGUAAAGUCACCUACGCCAACCCUGAAAUGCCCAUCGCUCAACCCAGCGAGGAAUGCUCAAAGACAUUCCUCAUGAAUACCAACUCACCCUUGCAUCUUGAGGCAUCACUGGACAAAGGGAUGUACUACCACGGUGAGAGCAUAGCGGUCAAUAUUCAAAUCACAAACAACUCGAAGAAGGAGGUUAAAAAGAUCAAGAUUAUCGUCAAGCAGUACGCCGACAUCUGUCUCUUCAAUAAAGCCAAUUAUAAAUGUAAUGUGGUGGAGUUCGAAACAGAAAAAGCUUCAGAUGGCAUGCCGGUCUUGCCCAGUCACACUUUGUCCAAAGUUUUUAACGUCACCCCUCUGCUAAGCAACAACAAACAUAAACGAGGACUGGCACUGGACGGUAAACUCAAACAUGAGGACACAAAUCUGGCCACAUCAACGAUGUUCAAACCCAGCGAGAAAAGUGGGGAAGAGGCUGAAAACAUCCACGGCAUCGUGGUACAGUACAAGGUCAAAUGUGUUCUGGAGGUUCCAUUCGCAAGGCCUCUGUCAGUCCUUCUGCCAUUCGUCCUCACACAUCCUAAGCCAGAGCAACCUGCCGACCCGUACCCACCUACACCAGUGCCAGAGCAGAAACAACAGAAGCAAGAACCAACAGAAGAAAUCCCAGAAGCGCUUGAUACGAACUUGAUUAACUUUGAUACCAACGGAGUGGAACCAGCGACCCCACAAGAUGACGACUUCAUCUUCGAGGACUUUGCUCGGCUGCGUCUCCAAGGGGCCGAAGGAGAAGGCACUGAGGCUUGAUUGGAUAGCACCACUGUUGCCAUGGCAACACAGCACUAAUGGCUCCCCAAAAAACGCUGGAGGGACAAGUCGCAAUAUGGAUGUGUUGUUGAGUUAAAAGGCGUCACACCAUGGGAGGGAAGGCAGAGGGGCCGGAUGAAUGGUGGUAGCAUACAACACCACAUGGCUUGUUAUUAAUGUCUACAAAAUCACUGUUUCAUCAUGGGAUUUGUAGUAUUUAGAAAUUCAGACACAUUCUUCUUCUUUUUCUCCUUUCUUUUAAAAGGUUUAAACAAUUGAAGAGUAUCCCUCAGGGCUCGUAAAAACUUUAGGAAAAUAUUUUGUUUUGAGCUGAAAGAAAAAAACCUUUAACAAAUAAUGGAUGCUCCUAAAACAAAUACAGGCGGUUAAAAAAAAUGGAUGCUCCUAAAUUUUUACUAGGCGGUUAAAAAACAGGAUUAAAUUCUGAUUCAAAUUUUGUGAUUUUCAGGUUUUGCUUGAGUGUAUAUUUUGAUACACAUACAAUCAAUUGAAUUACAAAUAGAUUGAACUAGAAGUUCCACUGGUUUACCAACCGAACUUAUUGUUACUGCUACGCAUCGUUUGACCAGCUAUAUAAGAGCAGUUUUUGAAAUAUGCCCAUUAUUUGCCAUUUGAUACCUCAAAUACUAAACCUUGAUUUAAGCUACAAGAAUAUUGUUUGAUGUUUUGUUUACUCAGUGUUGAAAUGGUAUCAGUCGGAUAAAACACAAUUACACCAAAAUAACCGUAAGCAAAAACCCAUUUAUUAUUGAUUUAUCACAAAAAUACAGAUCACCAUCUUGACUGAAUGGUGCUCAAAAUUUUCUUAUUAAUAUAUGUUUCAGAUUGUUAUUUCACCCAACCUACAAUGGUAACAGAGUUUUUUUUUUUACGAACGAAUAACGAAUUUCAUUUCAUGCGCGGGCUUUCAGAUGGUAUUCUCAGACCAACCCAGCUUUUUAAAAAAUAAUCGUCUUUUCUUUUUUGAUUGAGUGCCUACGAUUGGCCUGAAGGAGUGGUGCUGCUUGAUUUCAACCCAGCUAGGGGGCCUUUAUUUUGUGUAAUAUAAAUCUAUACAUACUGUCCUGUAGAUUUAGCAUCAUGGUAAAUGUAAAGAUUUAGUUGUGGACGUACUGUGACUCCCCGGAUUGCACUCUAAAUGUUUCACCCAUCAUCACCCGAUUGCGCUGGCACGUCGCAAGGAUAUGUUGAUUUGUUUUUUACUAGACAUUUAUAGAUUUUAAGAAGAACUUGGUGUUUGUAUAAUAAUAACAAAAAAUAAUAAGAAGAAUAAGAAUAAUAUUUAAUAUCCAUUUAGGAGAAAAUGAGACCAAACGUAGAAUACAAGCAGUGAUGUUCUGGGUCAUGUUGAUCUUGGAUUGACCUUAGGUUGACCUUAGAGGUCAAAAAUUGCUGUAAAAAGCUUUAAAACUGGCAGCUGUAAUGGAAAAUGAAUUGUUUAUGCGGUGAUGAUAAUUUAAACUGAAAAUGAUAAUGAAGAAAAGCAACAUAUCGCUGUAAGAGUGAAAUUUACUUCAAUGCGAUAAAUUAUUAGGGGCUAAGGAGUUCAUGCUACAAGGAAAGAGUUUAAUUUACCAUAAUGUGUUGAAAUUGUUUUUAUUUUCCAAGAAAUACACUUACUUGUAAUAAUGGGGUAUUAUGUUAUUGGAUGUUUUUAUGUCAAUUUUUGGUCCAUUUUCUUUCUUCUUCAAGACAUGUUGUAGAUGUAACUAUAUUUACUUGAGAUUUUACAAAACAAUCAAAUACAAUUAGCUCGACAGUGUUUGUUGGGUUUUAUAUAGACUAUUACACAAGCUUUCUUGCCUUUGAAUGUUACCUUGACAGAAAUAAGAAAAAAAAACAACGAACAAGGAUCUUGAAUGAUUUUAGAAUGGUAUAGAAAGGUUUGCGAUGACACCAUGUAAUGAUAAUCUCUAGAGUUGAGUUGGGGUUGAGGGUUGAGUUGGGGUUGAGUUUCAACUCGACGUUUCGAUCAGUAUGCUCUGAUUGUCUUCUUUUCUUUUGUCUCCAGAAGACUAUCAGAGCAUAUUGAUCAAAACGCGAGUUAAAACCAACGGAACUUUUCAGAUCAUUACAUGGUGCUACCGCAAACCUUUCUAUAUUGUUUUUCCACCAUGCAAAGUUUCAAAUGCUACUGAUUUUAAAAUUGAUAAACUACAUGGAUGUAUGCUUGCUACGGGUAUGGGAUGGGAGAGUUAAAAAAACACUAAAGCAGGGUCUGCGACUAAAGUAGCAUUAAUAUAAAAAAAAGCAUAGUAGUUUGUGGAAUAACGAAUAUAAACAAUUAAGAAAGUUUAAAAUGUCAUAAUAUAAUUGUUGGCAGAAUCUGUGGAAAAUAAUAUUGCCUUGUAUUAAGAAUAAAUAAAAAUAACACACAAUUACAGAAACAUAUUUUAUUAGAUAUACAUGUACAAUGUACAUGUAACUUGACUGUACUUUGUAAUUAGAGUUAAUUCAUGUAGUUUGUAAGUUUAUAGACAUGCACAUACUGUUGUAUCAAUAAACUUUAUCGAAAUCACUUCAAUAAGGUCAGGGAUUGUAGGGGGUGGAUGUACCUGCAAAUAAGAUUUAGAAAUAAGAAUUUACUCCAGAGACAGGUCUUGGUUCUCAAAGUGAGUCUUUUAUGCAGAGGUGAGUCUUUUAUUCAGAGGUGAGUCUUUUAUUCAGAGGUGAGUCUUUUAGUCUUUCUGACUCUUUCAAGGCAAGGCAACAGCUGUAGAGAAUGGAUAGAUUAAGAGUUCUUUCUUAAAGAAAUUACAUUGACACACAGGUCAUUUUAAAACCACUUAUGUAGGUUGGGCAUGAGGGAGGAGAAAAGGGGCGGGGCAACCAGAGGGGGGAGCUGUGGGAUAGAAUCUGCUGUGGUCUUCAAUAAAUUUAAUCCACAUACACUUUAGUCUUCGCAACCUAUCAGGCUGAAAACUGUAUAGUUACCACAAACACACACUAACCUAGUUUUUAGUGUAGCAGUAUUUAGGCUUUAGAAAACUUGUCAAGGCCUAAAAAAAAAGAAAAAUACCUCAAUAUAAUCGGACCUGAAAUGUGCUCUUUGUAAAAAUAUUUCCCUUCACCUUGCUUUUAAUGCCUUGAAAUUAUUGCAAUUUGCUGUGUGGCAUAAAAAAAAGAAAACUAGAGAGAA